GACCGGAGGGGCCACAGCACAGUCAUCUUUCCUGCGUCCAGAACAAACCCGACACAGAGCACAGGCACAGAGGGUGCUAGGUGGGGAACAUGGACUCCCCCCCGAAAGCCGAGCUGCAGUGGGUUGAAGCCUUUGUCGUCUUCUGGUAUCAAAGCACCAGGGAUGAGGAUGGGGGAAGGACUCCAGGUGACAGCUCUGCAGGUCAGAAGUCCGCGAUCAGUUUCACUGGGUGAAAGUCAAGGUGAAGGCUUCCAGCGGCCACCUGCGCACCUGCGCUCAUGGCUCCAUCCUCUACCUUCCAAUAUCAUCUCUGGUUUCUGCCUCUGCCUCCACAUGGCUUUCUCCUAUCCUGUCAUCACACCUCCUCUGCCUCCUUCUUAGAAGGACGCUCAUGCUUACAUGUAGGGCCAACCAGGGUGAUUCAGGAUAAUCUCUCCAUCUCAAGAUCCUUAACACAAUCAUAUCUACAAACUCCCUUUUGCAAACACUCACAGGUUCCAGGAAUUAGGACCUGAGUAUCUUCAGGGCCAUUACCCAGCCUACCACAUGACACAUCCGAGAUGGGUUGGGAAGCAAAAGGGCAACCAUGAUCCAGCUGCACCCCACAGAUCUCCCAUGGGGUCUGAGAUAGGGGUAUCCUCUAGGUCAUGGUGGGACCUCUGUGGCAACCCCAGGAGAGCCCAUGACACAUCUCUCUUCAGCCAUGAGGCAGCACAUGAUACACAGUGCUACUGAGCAGCAAAGACAUGUUAUAUAAUCAGUUAAUCCAUGUAUUAACAAAUGUGUUCAACACCUACUGUGUUCCGUGGGGGGCGAUUCAGACCUAGGGCCCUCCUGGGUUUUCCAACUAGGAGAUUCAUUCAACAAAUACUUAUUGAGUCCCUGCUAGGUGUCAGGCACUGUUCUGGGUACUUGGGAUAUAUCAGUAGACAAAACCCCCAAAGCUCCCCACCCUCAAGGUACUGACAUUCUACCAGUGGAGAUGGACAAUUAGGAAUCAUCAUAAGUCAAUCACAUAGUAUGUUAGGAGGUGAUGGGGCUGUGGAACAAAAGACAAAGUGGGGCCAGGUAAGAGGGGUCAGGUGUGCCCAGGUGGGGACAGGGAGGAGAGGGUAGUAAGAAGAUUAGUCAGGAUAGACCUCAUUGAACAGGUGAGGUUUAGGCAAAGACCUGAGGGGGAAUUAGCCAAGUGGACAUCUGGGAAGAGAGAGCUCCUGGGAGAGCAAAGAGCUAGAGCGAAGGUUCUAAGGUGGAGUGGACAAAGUGAUGGGAAGGUCAUAGCAGGUGAACACAGGGAACAGGAGCUCGGCGGGCUACCUCUGUGGAGCCAGCCAGGCCAAACCUAAAGAGAAGAGAAGACAGCGUAAAACAAGGUCUCUAAACCCGCUGGUAUGGAACUCGGGAAAAUCCUCUGAACUGGGAGCUAGCUCUGGGGUUGGGAGUUGCAUGGCCUUGCUGAAGUCACUUAGCCUCCCUGAGAUUCACUUUCCUCACUUACAGACUGAGAAGCUUGUGUGGAUUCUCUCACUCCUCCAUUCAUUCAGCGGACUCCAUCAAGCACAGAGGAGGAGGCCCCAGGCAGAUGGGAGACACUGCAGAUCCUAAGAUGCUGGGCUUGAAGAUGGAUUUAGGAAUCCACAAAUGCCCUUCCUGAGUUUGAGCCCCUUCAAGACCUCAGCCUGGACGCCUGGGGACAGCCUGGUUCUUCUUGCCUUGUCCUGCUGUCAAGCCUGGAUGUACUCGUUCUGGAGUGGAGUGAGGAAGCACAUGACUUCAGAGAAGGGUAGCCCAAUCUCCUUGAGCUGGACCAAGCAUUCCGGGACCAAACUCUGGCUAAUAGCCAUCCAAAGGGACUCCAUCAGAACUUGGCGACUGUCCAGCGCUGGUGGCCCCUCAGCAGUGGGAGGCUGCAGCCUCAGAGGUGUGGAAGGCGGCCCUGAGGAGGCAGGCCGGCUGGGACAUGAAGCCGGCAGAGUGUGGGCAGCCUGCUUCUCAGCACGUCUUACCCUGAGGCCACUCCAAGGCAGCUCACGCCUGGGGAAAGUCACCAUGCUGUCGUGGGUGCCACGGGUCCUGCUGGCCUUGCUUCUGCCCACACUCCUGGCACAUGGACAAGCCAGGCGCAGGGAGCACCCCCAGGCUCAGAACACCUCUAGGCCCGCUCUGCUGAGGCUGUCAGAUUACCUCCUGGCCAACUACCAGAAGGGCGUGCGGCCUGUGCGGGACUGGAGGAAGCCAACCACCGUGUCCAUCGAUGUCAUUGUCUAUGCCAUCCUCAGCGUGGAUGAAAAGAACCAGGUCCUGACCACCUACAUCUGGUACCGGCAGUACUGGACAGAUGAGUUUCUCCAGUGGAACCCUGAGGACUUCGACAACAUCACCAAGCUGUCCAUCCCCACUGAGAGCAUCUGGGUCCCAGACAUUCUCAUCAACGAGUUUGUGGACGUGGGGAAGUCUCCAAGUAUCCCGUACGUGUAUGUCGGGCACCAUGGCGAGGUCCAGAACUACAAGCCCCUCCAGGUGGUGACCGCCUGUAGCCUGGACAUUUACAACUUCCCCUUCGACGUGCAGAACUGCUCGUUGACGUUCACCAGCUGGCUGCACACCAUCCAGGACAUCAACAUCUCCCUGUGGCGCUUGCCAGAAAAGGUGAAGCUUGACAAGACUAUCUUCAUGAACCAGGGCGAGUGGGAGCUCCUGGGGGUGCUGACCCAGUUUCGCGAGUUCAGCAUGGAAAGCAGUGGCUGUUAUGCAGAGAUGAAGUUCUUCGUGGUCAUCCGCCGGAGGCCCCUGUUCUACACAGUCAGCCUGCUGCUGCCCAGCAUCUUCCUCAUGUUCAUGGACAUCGUGGGCUUCUACCUGCCUCCAGACAGUGGCGAGAGGGUCUCCUUUAAGAUCACACUCCUCCUGGGCUAUUCUGUCUUCCUGAUCAUCGUGUCGGACACCCUGCCGGCCACAGCCAUUGGCACUCCCCUCAUUGGUGUCUACUUCGUCGUGUGCAUGGCGCUGCUGGUGGUGAGCUUGGCUGAGACCAUCCUCAUCGUGCGGCUGGUACACAAGCAAGACCUGCAGCAGCCCGUACCCGCCUGGCUGCGGCACCUGGUCCUGGAGCGGGUGGCCCUGCUCCUUUGCCUAGGGGAGCAAACAGCUUCCCGACGGCCCCCAGCCACGCCCCAAGCCUCCAAGACCGAUGACUGCUCAGAUGUGGGGAACCACUGCAGCCAUUUGAGAGGACCCCAGGACUUGGAGAAUACCCCAAGGGGCCGAGGCAGCCCCCCACCACCACCGCGGGAGGCCUCCCUGGCAGUGUGUGGGCUGCUGCAGGAGCUGUCCUCCAUCAGGCAUUUCCUGGAGAAGAGGGACGAGAGCCGAGAGGUGGCCCGGGAAUGGCUGCAUGUGGGCUCCGUGCUGGACGGGCUGCUCUUCCGCAUCUACCUGGUGGCAGUGCUGGCCUACAGCAUCACCCUGGUUACUCUGUGGUCCAUCUGGCAGUAUUCUUGAGUAGGCACAGCCCAGUUGGGGUGUUUUGAGGGAGGGGUAGUAAGGCACUGGUUAGAAUGGGGAUUGAGGAUUUCAGGGCCCAGCAGAUGCCAGGGAUGUUUUCAAGACCCUGUCCAAUGCCAGUAAUUCUGAAGCAGGGCCUUAACUCUUCCCAAAAAGCUUGAUGUUCAAGACGCUUGUACCCCACCCCACCCCCCACCCAACUUAUCAUGGCUUUAAAACAUGCUGUCUUUGAUCUAGAAAAACCCAUGCAUUCCCUAACUUCAUUCUAUUUAUCUGUGUAUCAAGCCUUGAUUUCCCCAUUGUCACCUCCCUGAAUAAGGCACUUUGAAAUUCUGCUCCUCCCCCUUUAGCCUUGUUUUUAGAUACAAAGCAAACCAACUCUCUACUGCACAUGGCUGGUAACACUGCAUUAGGUUUAUUCAACCGUAAUGUUCUCCUUCUUCACCUCACCUGUAGCCACUUCCCUGAACACUCAUGUUCCAUUGGAUGAUGGUGGGGUAGGGGGCGGGUGGGGGUAAU